GGGCACGGCUCGGCUCGGCGCGGAGCCGCCCCGCUCCGCUGCGCUCCGCUCCGCCCCGCGGCAGUGCGCAUGCAGGAGGCGGCCCCGCGCCCUGAGUCACCGCUCCGCUCCGCGGCCGCUCCCCAGCCGCAGCAGCGGAAAGGCGGCCACCAUGAACCGCUUGGGGAAGAAAGCGAAUGAGACCCUCAUCGAGAUGGCUCUGUCGGCCGACGAUGACAUUGCGAUUCUCACCAAGUUCAAGCCAUCACAGUCAGAAGGGGAAGAAUGCAAUGGACCUGAAACUAUUUCAACUGCAGGAUCAGAAAUCCCAAGCAGCUCUGAGGGCCUAAACAGCACUGAGACUACUUUACUCAUCCCUGAACAUCAAGUGCAGAUUGGAAGGAAAUAUAAUCUGUUCCUGAAGCGACGUCUGAGGAUUGAUAAAAGACAUCAAAGCAAAGAUUCUAUUUUCUUCAGGGAUGGUGUCAGGAGAAUUGAUUUUGUUCUCUCCUAUGUGGAAGAUCUUAAUAAGGAAUGGGAAAAAAAGUUGGAAAGGAGAAAAGAAUUUGAGAGCAACCUGCAAAAGGCUGGCUUGGAGCUAGAAACCGAAGACAAGAAGGAAUCUGAAGAUGGCAAGAUUUUUUUUGUGAAGAUCCAUGCACCAUGGGAGGUUCUGAUCACAUAUGCAGAAGUGCUGAACAUUAAAGUUCCCAUCAGGGAAAACGACAUUCCCCCCAUGGUGGAGAACCCCCUGGACUGUGUGCUUUUCCCACUGAGGCUGCCCGAGAAGGUGAUGCACCCUGAGCCGGAUUAUUUCACAGCACCAUUCAGCAAGGACAAGCAGGAGCUGUACCUCAUUAAUGAUGAGAGCACUUUCUUCUCACCAUCCAUGAGAAACAGAAUAGUUAAUUAUAUUCUUACACGUUGCCCAUAUGGAACAGAAGAAGGGAAGAAAAAAUUUGGGAUUAAGAGACUGCUAAACAAUGGCACGUAUACAGCUGCAUAUCCUCUUCAUGAUUGCCAGUACUGGAAGAAGGCGAGCGACCCCAACUGUGACAGCGAGAGGUACACGCUCUACAUGGAGUGGGCCCGCUUCCUGCGCUUCUACAAAGAGCAGCCUUUGGUCCUUAUCAGAAAGUACUAUGGUGAGAAGAUUGGAAUCUAUUUUGCCUGGCUAGGAUUUUACACCGAGAUGUUAUUCCUUGCAGCAGUUGUUGGCUUAAUCUGUUUUCUUUAUGGCUUGUUUACAAUGGAUGAAAAUAUGAGCAGCAAAGAAAUCUGUGACCCUGCAAUUGGAGGAGAGAUCAUCAUGUGUCCUCUUUGUGACCGAGACUGUGAAUACUGGAGACUGAACACCACCUGUGAGUCCUCACAGUAUUCCCAUUUGUUUGACAACGUGGCAACUCUUUUUUUUGCCAUUUUCAUGGGUAUAUGGGUUACGCUUUUCUUGGAGUUUUGGAAGAGGCGGCAAGCAAGACUAAAAUAUGAAUGGGAUUUGGUUGAUUUUGAAGAGGAACAGCAGCAGCUCCAGCUGAGGCCUGAGUAUGAGGCAAAAUGUACCCAAAAGAAGAAGAAUCCCAUAACUCAGGAGAUGGAGCCUUAUUUGCCUUUAACGAGCCAGGCUGUGCGAUUCUGCAUCUCAGGAGCUACAGUGCUGUUCUGGGUGUCCCUGAUCAUAGCCAGCAUGAUAGCUGUCAUUGUGUACCGCCUUGCGGUGUACGCUGCCUUCGCCAGCCUCAUGGAGAACACUCAGACGCUGCAGCCCAUCAGCGGCCUGCUGACCCCUCAGCUGGCAACCUCUGUCACUGCCUCCUGCCUCAAUUUCGUCAUCAUCAUGAUACUGAACUUCUUCUAUGAGAGAAUAGCCAUCUGGAUUACUGAUAUGGAGAUCCCCAGAACUCACAUGGAGUAUGAGAACAGGCUCACUAUGAAAAUGUUUUUGUUCCAGUUUGUCAACUACUAUUCAUCCUGCUUCUAUGUUGCCUUCUUCAAAGGGAAGUUUGUUGGUUACCCAGGUGCCUACACAUACAUGUUUAAUCGCUGGAGAAAUGAAGAGUGUGAUCCUGCAGGCUGUUUGAUAGAACUGACGACACAGCUCACCAUAGUCAUGGCUGGCAAACAGAUCUGGGGAAAUAUCCAAGAGGCUAUUGUUCCCUGGAUUUGUAACUGGUGGGGUCGUCGGAAAGCCAGAAACAAUCCUGAAAAUUUAUACAGUCGUUGGGAGCAAGACCAUGAUCUGCAGACAUUUGGAGCCUUAGGCCUGUUCUAUGAAUAUUUAGAAAUGGUCAUUCAGUUUGGAUUCAUUACUCUCUUUGUGGCAUCCUUUCCCCUGGCUCCCCUUCUUGCUCUGAUGAAUAAUAUCCUGGAGAUUCGUGUAGACUCUUGGAAACUGACCACUCAGUACAGAAGGCCUGUGGCUGCGAAAGCACAUAGCAUAGGAGUAUGGCAGGAAAUCCUCAACGGGAUGGCCAUCCUGUCUGUUGUCACCAAUGCUUUCAUUGUUGCAUUCACGUCCGAUAUGAUUCCUCGUUUAGUUUACUACUAUGCUUAUUCUGAAAAUGAAGACUCACCAAUGUCUGGAUACAUAAACAACAGUUUGUCAGUGUUUCUAAUCUCAGAUUUUCCUGCGAGAAAUGAACCUAAAGAGAAUCCAGAGAACUUUGUCAUAUGCAGGUACAGAGACUAUCGAUAUCCUCCAGAUCAUGAGAGGAAAUACUUACACACUAUGCAGUUCUGGCACAUUCUUGCUGCAAAACUGGCCUUUAUUAUUAUUAUGGAGCAUGUUGUAUUCAUCGUCAAAUUCUUUGUAGCGUGGAUGAUCCCUGAUGUUCCUGCAGAUGUGAAAGCCAAAAUAAAACGUGAAAAGUAUUUAACACAAAAGAUCCUACAUGAGUAUGAACUUGAAAAACUGAAGGAGAGACUGUGCCAAGGUGAUAAACGAGCCACAGAAAAAGAGUUCAUCGCCACAGAAGGGAGAAUGGAGCUAUCCAGAGCAAUGUAACCAAAAAACCCAGCUGUUUUGGGAUUUAGCUUGUUCUAGCUUUUUUAUCUGUGGUUUGCUCAGUAUGCAUCAUGUUGAAUGCUGUAGGAGAGUUCAACCUUUCUCUUUUCAGUCCAAAGAUUUUAGAGUUUUCUUUAAAAGUUUUACUCGGCUUUCAAUGUUUAAGAAAUCUACUGAACUGUAUGAUUUCUGCACUGGUUUUUAUUUACCCAUGACUUUGAAUAGUAAAUGUAAUCUUGUAAUCCUAAAAUUUGGACUCCUGGUAUAGGGACUGUUAACCUCAAAGGGCUCACAGGACAUGAUAAGGUGAUUUACCACCUUAAGCCCUCUCCCUGUUGCUAAUUGCAACAUUCCAGGUUGUAUCCCAGCUGCCUGAAAAGGGUACCACAAAGGACCACUGCUGUGGAAAAUGCUGAAAAUUAUUAUUUUUAUUAUGUAGUAAUUUAAAUAGAACACUUCUGAUAAAAGGAUUAAGGUUUGGGGCUUUUUUUUAUAUUCACUAUGUCUUAUGAAACAUUGGUUUGAACUUAUAUACAUUUUGUAGAAGGAAUUGAUUUUUAAAGUUACAUUGGCUUAAUUCCACUUGGAAUUAUUUAUAGGCACAAAAUUCAGUUAAUACAAUAGUGAAGGGAAUAAAAAAAUUGUGAAAGGGAAAAAAAGCCAUAAUUUUCAUAAAGGUACAGUUUAUGGAAGAGUUUACUCUCUACAUGGAGAUAUUGUGGAAUCACCUAAUUGCAGUGGGUUUUGAAAAUAUGUGAUUUGGAGAAUAACAGUUAUUUAAUUUCUCAUUCUCAAAAACUACCAUUGAAAGAUUAUGUUUGUCUUUUUUUUGGCCAAAGCUGCCUGUUUAUUUAUUUCUUUGUUUGGAUUCUCAAUGAAUGCCAGCAAAGGGCUAAAGCUGUCUGUCUGUCCUCAAUGCAUACUAUGGAGCGUGCCUGCACUCCAUGGCAGUGGGUUGGGAGCUGGACCACCAUGCCAGUUGAUUUAGCUCAAUGGUUUGGUCUUGGAUUUUUAUCCAAAAGAUUUUAAGCAUGCCAAAUAACGUAUGUUUAUGCUGUUAUUUUCCUUAUACAUAGUAUCCUAAGGCUUGGGGGUUGUUCUGUUGAGUUUUUUUUCUCCCUUUGAAUUUUUGGGAAGGAUUUUUUAAUUUUUUUUUGGUUAGGAGGCUUUUCUACAAAGUUACUGAGUUUAUAAAUAUGUAAUACCUAUUGUGCAAAGUAGCUUCCAGCUGUUUAAGAAUGUGUCCCCAUUUUCUAGUUUGAAGCAGGUAGGCAUUUUUGUGAUUUUGCUGUAUAUUUAAAACAUACCAACGCUUCCAUGCUUAGUGCCUUGUUUCUUUGCAUUUGGCAAGAGGUGUGAAAAUGAUCUCUGCAGGGCAGUGCCUAUUUCCAAAAUGUGCUUGCAGGCAUUAGCAUACUGUGAACCUGCCUUUAGAGCUGUUCCGUGUUAGGAAGCCAUGCCUGCCUUGGCACACUUCUGUUUCAGUGCCAUGUGGACUGUUGCAGAGCAGUUCAUGCCGAGACUGCAGACUAUUGUAACACCAGAUUACUGACUUCUGUCAUGCUGAAUACACAAGGUAGACAAGAUUAUUUUGCUCUAUUUGCACUUUGAAAGUUAUACUUCCUCGCAAGUAUACACAGAAAAAUUGAGAUUUGUAUUCCAUAUCAGCUGAAUAAUGUACUGUUUACUAGUACCACAACUUAGGGUAUUUUGUUUUAGCAAACCUCGCCUGUGUCUUGGAGUACUUGGCGAGUGACCUUAAUGUUGUAACGGUGUUAAACCCAUGUCCUGAGUGGAGCUGUUGUUCUUAGCAAAAGGAUUAAGUGCCUACCUCGAGCACACAUCACACAGUUUGGCUGCCAGUCAAGGAGCUGAUGCCAAUGUACAUUUCUUGUUACUGUAAGUUAUUCACCUUCAUUCUCUAAGAUUGCUUGAUCAAUCAAGCAUGUUGGCAAUUUAUGUUCAUGAUGAACUGAUCAUGUUCUUGAAUAUUCAUAUAUAUUUGAAGCGAUGGAUCUGUUGGAGGAAUGCAUGUGUAAAUAAAUUAGCUCUGCUGCUUAAUGUGUAAGCCAAAGAAGAGUAUCAACCAUCAGUCAUAAUCACAUAUCAAACACCACAAUUUGCACAAUGAAAGCACUGUGCUGCAUCUUGCACAUAUACUGUUAAUUAAACUGCUUAAUUUAGAUGUUGUGGGUUUGUUACUGUUUGCAGUGCAGACAGAUGCUUCAAACAGAAAGGUGAUGAGAUGCAAAAGAAUAUUUGUGUACAAAAUGUGCAACCUGACUGAAGCUGAAAGCAGAUUUGGAAAUUGAGCUUUACAUGCACUAUUUCUGCUUAUGGAAGAUUAGUUUCUUCAGGUAAUAAAGUGUCCUAAUAUACUACCCUUUAAAAGAUAUCAGUCAAAUAGAUGUGUUGUGAAUGAACAAUGCUGUUUAAGAGCAAGAUGGAGGAAAAUAAGGAAGUCCAUGUGUUUGGAUACAGCAUUGAUAUGCAGACCCUGAAUUUGAGUUGAUUUUUUGACUCCUACUUUGUGCUUCUUACAAACUUAUUUUUUAAGAUCACUUGCUAUUUACAGAUGUUUUGUACGUGUUGUAUCAUGCAGUAGAAAGUGGAAAAACCCCUGGGAUCAGCUUAUUUAGAAAGAAAUAAGCAUCUUAAAAACAAGUCAUUACAUUCAUAGCAUUACUUCUUCAUAUACAGAAACUGUUGAAAAGAGAAUCUGUUGUCAUACUAAAAGCUAAUAUCACAUAAAAAAUUAGUCUUGACACCUUUUUACGUAAUAGUUUGCCUUUUACUUGCUAUUAAGCAGUAUUUUGACUAAAGGUUGGGUAUGGUUGGGUUUAUAAUGGUUCACAUAAGUUUCCUGAAGAGUUCUUGAAAAGUGAGAAGAGUAAGGAAGGCCUGGUCAGUUUGGAGAUGUGCUGAUUCUUCCUGUCAGAAUAAUUUAUUUUGAUGUGAUUCAGUAUCUAAAAGUGUCCUUUAACCAAAGUGAAUAAAGUUCUGUGUUGCAAUUACUGUAAUAUAAGCAACAAUAGAUUGUCUUGUUAGAAUUAGUUACACAAAACAAAAUUGACCUUUCAGAUGUAAUACAAUCAGGGAUUUUUUUUUUUUUGCAAUUAAAAUUUAGGUUGUUUACUUUGGGAAGGUUUAGUGUGGUAUGUUCUAAGCAAAGGACUGCAAAAGAAGAGUGCUACUAUGAGACACUAUCAUAUUUUUUCCUAGAAAUUUUUUUACGAUGCUUUUACGUUUUUAUGAAGUGCUGUCAGUUGGAGGCAACAGAAUGGAAUGAAAAUAGAUGGAGUUUCUGACUAUUGUACAUGUACCACUUGUUUGACUUGUACUGUUGUGUAAUCUGAGUGGCGUUUUCGUCUGCUAUGUAUGUUGCUGAUAUAUAUGAUACACUAAUGUCAGAAUAAAUUUUUUUAAUACUCUGCUAACAUUUAAUAUGCACAUUUAAUAAGAUCUGAAUCUAGCAAAUAAAGCUGUGUUCAUUUUUAA